AUGGCCUCUUCGGGGAGCCAGAAGGGUCCAAAGAGUGUCAAGCUGGACGAGGCGCAAGCCUUAGCCAAGAGCUGCGCGGGCAGACCGGACUUUCUGCCGUGCGACGGACUGUCUGUGUGCGCAACCCAUAGGCACGGGAAGUGCUUCAAGUUGCACUGGUGCUGUCACCUCGGCUGGUGUCAUUGUAAGUACGUGUACCAGCCAAUGACCACUGUGGGCCAGCUCCCCAGUACGCCAGUGCCUGCCGGUCCAUCUCAUUACACAGACUCUAUGGAUCUGUCAAUAUCCCUGACAGAGCGUUUCCUGAGAACAGCUCCGUGCUUCCUGCCCCCCCUUUACCCAGACUCACCCAAGUACUGCGACAUUUCACAGCUCUUCAUCGACGACUACGUCAUCAAACGCAUCAACGGCAAAAUGUGCUACGUGCAGCGGCCCGUCCCCCCGGCUCCGCCCACACCUCCUCCACAGCCCCGCCCACCCCGUCAAAGCCCACAGCUCCAGAGCCAGUGCCGCUCGCCCAACCCUCAUUUAGGGACGAUCGAAGGACCCAAAAUGGACCACUGCUCCUCUCCGUCCAGCUCCGAGGACUCUGGGAUCAGUGCUCUGGGUGUUCACUACCCUCAGUCUUGUGAGGAAGACUCUGAUGAGGAGGAAGAGCCAGAUGAGCUCAGCACAGAUGGGAGCUCCAGCCGCGGGAGCUUGUGGGACCAAGAGGACUGCUCUCUGCUGUCCCCCUCUAAGUCAGUUGUGGAGAUAAUUGAAAAUAUUGAAACCACAGUGUGA